AUGGCAGUCGCGAACGCAAUUUUGGAAGGUUCAUGGGGUUUUAUUAUAGUUUCUGCGAUCAUAUUUUAUGGAGCAUGCGUAUGAUAUAUUUAUCACAAAAGAGAUUUUCAAGAAAUUUAUGCAAGGUCGCCUGGGAUCUUGAUUUUAUCGAUAAUCGUCAACUGUGUUGAGGUAAUCGGCUCAAUAUCAUUAGGAUUUAUUCAGAUUAUGGGGUUUUACUGGGAAAUGAAAAUUGCACUGCCUGUUUUUAUAGUUUAUAACACUGCUCAUCAAAUUUUUUACAUCUCAAAUUUAUUAUACCUGUAGGCAUUAUAUAGAUUUUUUUUAUAAAAUAUGUGGAAUAUUUCUAAGAAUUAAAUAAAUCUGGAAUAAGGAUGUACAGACUUAAUUUAUUAGACAAAAUUAGAGCAGGAAUUAAUAUGACACAUAAAGAAUAUUUAUCGAAGCAAUCACGACUUUCAAACAGAUGGAAUUUAAAAAUCGCAGUAUAUUAUGCUGCUCCGGUAUCUUUGUUGUUUACUGGUUUUGCAUUUGCUCAAAGUAUAGUAACUGAUGAAAGCCCGUUCGUUUUAGAUUUGAUUUAUAAUAUUAUGGCAGAUUCCCUAACAUUUUUUGAGGAAGUUGGCUACACAAUUUUUCUCUUCAAGAUUAGAAAAAUCAAGCAUUUGACUAAUCUUAAAGCAGAAUUAUAUUUAUUCUUAAUCCCUCUCCGCAGCCGAGCAAAAUAACUGAAAAAAUCCCUGUUUUUUUAGAGCAAAAAAUUUUUAAUGUAAAAAGAUUUUAUAUAAGAUAUUUUAAUAUAUAAGUGAUCAUUAUUAUAAUGAGCUAAUUCUGCCAAAUUUUAAAACUUGCAUCAUAAAACAUAAAUUUUACAAAUUAAAUUGGUUUUACUUUUUAAUUUUUGAAAAUUGGGGAUUUUUAAAUAAUUUGCUAUAAAAGAUUUAAAGGAAAAAUUUAUCCCCCAUAAGCAGCAUUUUUUGCUUGCUCACGGAGGAGGGAAGUUAGGAGUAUGGUCACUUGGAUUUUCUGGACCCUUUAUUCCUAUGUGGAUUUUUCAUUUUUAUAUCGUCCCAAUAAGAAACUUGUCAAUGCUUAUUAUCACUUUUAUUUCGUUAUACGAAACUAGCACUCACUUCCACAAAAUUCCAAUAUCAUCUUUGCGAGAUCCUCGAAUAAUCCUUGAAGAUUUCACUGUCUAUAGAUAUUUCAGACAAUUUGCAUCAAGAUCAGCUAACCCACUUUUGAUGCAGAAAUAAAAUUGUGAUGUUGAUGGAAAUUGGACUUCGAGGUGCACUCCCUACUGAGCAGGUCAGACAUAUCCUGAAGAAGCUUAAAAAGGGCCUCUGUCCCUUUUUGAAUAGGCCUUCAGGCUGGGGAAGGCUUGCUUAAGUGUGAUCCCCUAAGGCUUUCCUGUCCCUGCCAGAUGGUCUACAGUUUUGCCUACCACAUGGUCUCUCUCAUCGGGAGCAUCGAGGCACCUCCUAGAUCUGUCUAGACCUGCGGAUCUGCACUAGGGAGCUUAUUCAUUGGACAGGUGGUUCGGAUCGGAAUCAAAAAUGGCAACAAGAUAGGCGGUUAGUGGGCUUACCUGCUUAUGAUCAGCAAAAUUUUUAACUUAACUUAAUUUGAUGCAAUUUCUGGAAUUUCUUAUAAAAAUCAAUUUAUAUAAGCUUGAACCAUCUCUAGAAAAAGCAGGAGAAAUUUAUGAUAUAUUGUUUAUAUAUAACUUGGAAUUAAUAUAUUCGACAUUUAUUAUGAAAUAUAAAAAAUAAUAGAUUUUAUUCAAAAUAAAUAAAAUUUAAAUAAAUAAGUAAAUAUACAUUUCUAAAAGAUAAAGAUUUAAUACCGGAUUCUAUAUCAAAAGGGACUAUUCAAUGCUUGAUUGAGGUAAAAGACUCAAUCAAUUUAAGAUCUACAUUAUUUUCUGAUAUAGAAUUUUACAUCUAUCAUCAAUUCGAUUGGUUUGUUUAUCCUGAAUUCACGACAUCUCAAGAAUAUCGAGAACUUCUAUUAGAAACAGAGUAA